AGGCUCUACCGGUCUAGAUAAACGGCGGAGUCGCUUAGCAUAGCCGUGCAAAGCGCUGAGCAGGGAGCAGUCUACAGGUAUCUUCGGUUGAAGUCUUCACAAGGAACAACUAGACAGUGCGCAAAGAUGAAGCUGUUGCUGUUAGUGGUGGCGUCCUUGAUCGCCGUAUGCCUUGCCGAGCCAAAGCCUGCCAUCAAUGAGGUCAAAUCGAAUCAACCGCUGCAGAAACCGGGUCGAUUCUUGUCCCUGCCAGUACCGGAGAAAUGCGCAUCACGUCCGAAGCAGUUUAGCUACCGUGGACAUAAUUACUUCUACAGCGCCCAUGUUCCGGCUCUGGCCGACAAGCGAGUGGACUGGCUCGAUGGCCGUAAUAUUUGCCGCGAAUACUGCAUGGACCUGGUGUCGCUAGAAACGCAGGAAGAGAACAAUCUCAUCUUCCGACUGAUCCAGCAAAAUGACGUACCGUACAUCUGGACAGCUGGUCGUCUGUGCGACUUCAAGGGCUGCGAGGGUCGUCCGGAUCUGGAACCAAAGAACGUCUACGGCUGGUUCUGGUCGAACAACCGCGAGAAGAUUCACGCCACCAACCAGAUCCCGAACGGAUGGGGCUACAACCCGUGGAGCAAGUCAGGCCACAAGAAGAUCCCGCAGCCGGACAACGCUGAGUUCGACAUCAACCAGACGACCGAGUCUUGCCUGUCGAUCCUCAACAACGUGUACAACGAUGGUAUCGGUUGGCAUGAUGUGGCCUGCUACCAUGAGAAGCCGGUAGUUUGCGAGGAUUCUGAGGAGCUGCUGAACUACGUUCUUGCAACCAACCCAGGCAUUCGUUUGUAAGCGAAUCGGAAAAGUGAAAGUGCUCACCGCAGGGGAUUGCAAUAGAACUGCCCAGCAUUGAAUGAAAACUGCCCUUAAGCACUGCUUCACAUUUUCAAACUCGAGGACUCAAUCUCGCUCCUCCUUUCUCCUCUGUAUUAUUUCCACGAUAUACUGCUCAUCUGAUAAAAAAGCUUAGUUUGCUUCCUCAUGUAGUAGUUGAAGGUUGCAGAAAAAUAUGUAGUACUGUUCGUGUAGUGCGUCAGUACAAAAAGUAAAUUUGGUAAAAUAUGCAUUAAAGUGAAAACGAACCAAACCGUCAAUUAGUAGACUCGAUUUACAAGCCGUUUCUUUCUGCAUCUUUCAGUUUUACGCGCCUGGGUUAUCAUUUUUUUAGACAAACAGAUUUUGAAAGCUCAGUUUCAUGUUUUUUUUUUUCCAAAAUCCUGUCCGUUUAAGCCAAUGCAAAAUCAAUAUCCACCUCCAUCACACAAUGGAACGCAUGUAAAAUGUUUUCUGAAUGUAUAUUUAUUAAAUAAAUAGACUUUUUAAG